AUGAUCUCUAAAGAGACCUGGGUCGAAAAGGCCAAGAGCGCACGAGAUUAUCGCGAUGAGACGCUGAAGAAAGUUGAUCCGCCCUUCGAAUCUCUGCCUGAUCCUUUGCCCCUUUCCUCUCAGGACUUGCCAAAGAAGUAUCUCACCCCCCGUGAGUACGAGCUUACGCAGAACUAUGAUGCCAUCGAGCUCCUAGAGAUGCUGCGGACGAAGAAGGUCAGCUCGGAAGAGUUGACGCGGGCUUUCUUGCGGAGAGCUGCUCUGGCUCAGUAUGCGGUCAACUGCGUGACCGAGUUGAUGUGGGACGAAGCAAUUGAACGGGCGAGGUAUCUCGACUCGCUGCCAGAGCCAGUCGGCCCGCUGCACGGGCUACCCAUCUCGGUCAAAGAGCACCAUAACAUGGAUGGAAAGACUACCCAUGCUUCUUACGUGGCGUGGAUUGGCAUGCCUGCUGAUCCUAACCCGAUAAACGAUCACCUAUGGAACGCGGGCUGCGUCUAUUAUGUCCGCACGACAGGCCCUCAAACGCUUAUGGCGCUGGAAUGCGACAACAAUAUCUACGGGAGGACCGUCAAUCCGUGGAACCGCAAUUUGACGUGCGGUGGAAGUAGUGGCGGAGAGGGCGCACUCGUAGCAUUUCGCGGCAGUGUCUGGGGCCUCGGUGGCGACAUCGGCGGCAGCGUCAGAGCCCCGGCAAGCAAUUGCGGCGUUUAUGGCUUCAAGCCUACCUGCAAACGCAUCCCUCUCAAAGGCAUGCGGCACACCAUGGACGGCAAAGACUCUGUCCUUGCUACGUUCGGUCCGCUGACACAAAGCCGCGAGACCAUCAACCUGUUCAUGAAGAUCAUCCUGGACACGGAGCCCUGGCGCUGGGACCCGUCACUCACCGUCAAGCCAUGGACGCCGGAGAAGUUCACAAGGCCCUUGAAAGUGGCCAUUGAGUGGUCAGACGGCGUGGUCAAGCCACAUCCGCCCAUGAUCCGAGCCUUGAGCAUCGUCGCCGAAGCGUGCAGAGCAGCCGGCAUGGAAGUCGUCGACUGGGAGCCCUACAAGCACGACAAAGCCUGGGACAUUGUUUCUGGCCUGUAUUUCCCCGACGGCGGGGAGAUGAUCCUCGCUCCUCUCAUAGAAAUUGGGGAACCCAUCCUCCCGUUGACCAAGUUCAUUACCGAGGAGCAACCCAACGUCAAGAACCGCACGAUGCACGAGUACUGGGAAUUAUGCGUGGAAAGGGACACCUACCGCGAAGAAUACGCAGCGCACUGGAGCAAGACCGCCGACUCGGGACGGGAGGUCGAUGUGAUCAUCUGUCCUGCCACGCCUGGUGCGGCGCCCUUGCACGACACGGCAAGAUACUGGCCAUAUACCAGCCAGUGGAACCUACUCGAUUACCCGGCUGCAGUGUUCCCAGUCACAUUUGUGGACGUGGAGAAGGACAAGAAGGAGGAAGGCUAUGUGCCGAGGAAUGCGCAAGAUAAGUAUAACUAUGAUCUGUACGAGCCAGAGAAGUGGGUCGGUGCUCCUGUGAGCUGUUGCAUCGUCGGGAGGAGGUAUAUGGACGAGAAGGUCAUGGCUGCCUUGGAGGCGGUCGAGAAGGCAAUGGGAAGAAAGUAG